AUGACUAUGUCAAAGGAAGGCAGGGCGCCGUUCUCCCACCCCAGUCUCCCAAGCGACGCCUCUACGUGGUACAAGAUAUGGGGCGAUCUCAGAUCCUCCUCGAUAGGGCGACCUCUUGUGGUUCUCCAUGGAGGUCCCGGCAUGGGACAUAACUACCUGGCGAACUUGAAGAGUCUCUCGACAGAGUACAAGAUUCCCGUGGUCCUCUACGACCAGCUCGGAUGCGGCAAAUCGACACACUUUCGCGAAAAGCGACUCGACACGGACUUCUGGGUCCCCGAGCUGUUCAUCGCAGAACUGGACAAUCUUCUAGAUCACUUGGGCAUUGCCAGCGAUUUCGAUCUCCUGGGCCAGAGUUGGGGAGGAAUGCUAGGUGCUAUGUUCGCCAUCCGAGGCCACAAGGGGCUCAAGCGCCUCAUCAUCUCCAACUCGCCCUGUAGUAUGAAAUUGUGGGUUGAAUCGUGCAACGAGUGGCGUAAACAGCUGCCCGAGGACGUUGAGAAAGCGCUGCAGAAGCAUGAGAAGGAUAAGACGUACGACGACCCAGAGUAUAAAUGGGCUGUAGAAGAAUUCUACAAGCGCCAUGUAUGCAGGAUCUACCCGUUCCCUCAGGAUCUUCUGGACACCAUGGCGAACGUGGAAGAGGACGAUACCGUCUACUACACGAUGAACGGGCCAAGCGAGUUCACCGUGGUGGGAAGCUUGAAGACUUGGUCGUUAGUCGAUGAAGUCCACAAGAUCAAAGUACCCUGCCUCGUGCUGAAUGGCGAGUGGGACGAAGGACGAGAUAGGCAAGUCACCUCGAUGUUCCGUGCCCAACACUCAUGA